AUGCGCUUGAGCGCCAAAAUCAACGAGGGUGUGGUUUAUGGACUGCUGGAGUUGACGCCAGAGCUUGAAGAGGCUUUACGAUCCGGAUGUCUUUAUUUGCGGUCAGAUAAAAGCCGUGAGUCGGUUGCUGCAUGCACUGAAACCCAGACAUUUUCGGUGCGACGUUUGAACCAGACAAACACGCUCCUUUUAAGCACGCAGGAUGGCGACGAUAUAACUGCGUUCGGAACUUCCUCCAAUCUAUUAGAGCCUAUUUUGUCGAGUGGAAGUGUUGACUUGCCGUCUAUCGCUGUUUACCGUCGACAAAAUACUUUUGGCCCAUCGGAGACUAUGGAGGAGCUACAAAACCGCUCAAUGUGCUCGGCAGCGGAGUUCAGAUCUAUUUGUGAAGAAAACGCUGUCUUUGAAUACUGCGGCAAAGUCUGCAAACUGGAAGAUGAGACGAUCUACUUUAUCGUAAACGAGCUUAUUUCGACCAUCAUUGGCGAAGGUCUGGGUCUCACGGCACGUUUCGAAGAAGUUGUAGAAGUCAGCGGUACCCAAGAAUGCAAGGAAGCUGUUGAAGCAGUUUACAAACUAUUUUACGAUGACGAAAUGGGCCAGAUUGAUACAAAUAAAGCUGCCGUUUGGAUAGGCCGCUAUCUUCUUGGAAAUCUAGCAGGGGAGGUUACUGCUUACGACUUUAUGAAACAAUGGCAACAUAAAACGCCAGUUCAUCUGCAAUUGGAUAUAACAAAGCUCGAGGGUCACUUUUUCGAACCGAGAAAAGGGGUGAUCAGAUCUUUGAGUGUUGACAAGCUCAGUAAAGACCCCAGAGUACGUUUCCAACAGCUUUUCCAACUCAAAAACGAAUGGGAUCUUGAUGAAAUGGGCCCAUUCAUUCGCGAUCUCAUGAAUAUUAAUAGCAAACUCGAAAACUGGGUCCUAAAAUACGCUCGACGGGUCAAGAAAGACGGACACGUCUUUAUUCUUCCACGUAAAUUAUAG